UUAUCGCGAUACCGAAACAAAAUAAUUUCGACAAGAAAAAUGUCGGAGAGUGAAGAGCCCGAUGUUAUUAAGGGAACAAAUGUUAUGAGAAUGGUUGUUUCGCCGACUUUUUCUUCCACGCAAGUACAGUUAACACUGGGCCCCAAUCUUAAAGUCAUUCCGAUGAACGAUCAGGUGAAGGAGCUUCAGACAAUCAUACGAGACAGAAACACCAGCCGAAGCGACUUUGUAUUCUAUGCCGACAGGCUGAUACGCCUUGUCGUUGAGGAGGGCCUCAACCAACUUUCUUACUCGGAAUGUUCAGUGAUAACCCCAGUUGGAUCAACGUACAACGGUGUCAAGUUCCUGAAAGGUAGCUGCUGCGUGAGCAUUAUCAGAAGCGGUGAGGCAAUGGAAAAAGGUCUUCGAGAUUGCUGCAGAUCCAUACGGAUUGGGAAAAUCCUAAUCCAGAGUGACGAAGACACCCACGAAGCAAACGUCGUCUACGCAAAGUUUCCGGUGGAUGUCGCUUCGAGAAAAGUCCUCCUCAUGUAUCCCAUCAUGAGUACCGGCAACACAGUCAUCAAAGCCGUGAGGGUACUUCAGGAGCACGGGGUUCACGAGAACAACGUCAUCUUGCUGAACCUCUUCUGCACGCCGCACGCCGCUAAAUCUGUCCUGUCAGCCUUCCCGCACCUGAAGAUCCUGUCCUCGGAGGUUCAUCCCGUGGCACCCAACCACUUUGGACAGAAGUAUUUUGGAACGGACUAAACUUUAUUCUUGGACGGCCGGGUGUGGAGUGCGAAAGAAAUAAGUUUUGUAUGAAUUUGAAGCGAGCACAUAUUGCCAUGAAACUGUCUCAUGGAAUGACCAAUGCAUUGUAUAUCCCAUAAUGGUUGAGUGAAUCGUACGUCAGGGCCAACGGGACAGGCGGGGCCGGCGAGAGAAAUUACGGGCUCCCGGGGAUGGAUCAUGCUUGUGCGCCUCCCUUACGUUUCAGUAACACAGUCCCAGUAUUUCUUCUUUAUAUCAUUAUGACAUGACAUUAUAUGUCAUUAUGACAUUAUAUCAUUAUGAGUUGUGUGUCCCACGGGAUCCCGGGCACCAUCCCCGCUUGCCCCACCCUCUCGCCGGCCCUGAGGACGGGGGCUGAAACCGGAACAGAACCGAAAACCGCUUGGAACUGAAACGUUUUCAAGAGCUGUAACCGGAACGCAAGCGCAAUUCACUAUCGUCAAUUAAUCGAAACCGUAACCUGAGCCGAAAAAAUGUGAUUUCGGUUACCAGUUCACAUGAAUCGGUUCAAGCAUGAACACGAACGACUCGGGAUGCAAUACUGUGAACAUAUUUUUAUUCGCGAUGUAUUGAAUUUCGCGAAUUGCGCAUUCAGUCAUUUGUGAAGUUAUUCGCGAGUACAAUUUUUUGCAUUUUUUUUAAGUGGUUGCAAAAUUCACGAAAAUGAACACAUCACGAGUAAAAAUGUGUUGACAGUAUUUCUGUUGUUUUACAACUCUGAUUAGUGGUGUAGUACGUGCUUCUGGUAAAAUAGAGACGCUUCGUCAUGUGUUUUUUGUUCGUUUUCGCUCAUGUGUGUUUCGUUGUGUAGACACCAUACCAUCUUAUUCGCUUGGGUCCACGAUCGGAUGACUUGCACGUUGUGUGACAUGUAUUGCAUACAUCCCUUAUGAGGCUAUGAACUGUAUUAUUGUUAUCAUUUAAGAUACAAAGUGUUGCACGUUG